GUUACAUGUCAUUAAUUUUCUUAGAUAUCGUAUUUUGUCUUUGAAUUCUUCGGUCUUCUUCAGCUACUGUAUCUUUUGUGUCGUGUCAUAGAAAAUAUUCAUUUAUUUCAUCCUUGAUGCUUAUCUGUCAUGAUCGGGGCUCUUGCUUACCGAUGUUUGCUCUCCGGUGUAUUUUUGUUUGCUUACUGAUACAUUUUCGUACGUAAUAUCUUGUUUUUUUUUUAAUUCACUGAUUUGUAGGUUUUCUUAUCGGGUAGAAGGUCUAACUUCAUGAUUUGAAUGAAUUAACCAGUGUUUUAAUUUGAGUUUUGAAUUAUCUAAAUUCUGAGAAAUUUUUUCUCAGCAAACAGGAUUUCUGGAUUUGUUAAUGGUUUUGUGAGUUGAGACUGAGGGGGAUAGGGUCCUUUGUUAUCAUUGUUUUUUUUUAAGGGCAUAGUUGGUCCCAGAGGUGAUUUCAUGGCCAAUUUAUUGGCUAAUUUGGUGGAUGUUCGUGUUACGAGAUCUGUAGAGAGUGCACCAGGUAGUUACAUUGGUUUUCCAAUUGGGUGGAGGAUUUUUUCUCUUUGAAAAAUGGGAAUCCUUGAACAGAUGGCUUUUUGUGGUAAUCUUGAGUUUCUCUCGGUGCCUCCUGGGGAAGGGGAGGCAGCUCCAGACAAUGAAGUGGAUGCAGCUGUGGAAAACGAUUGUAGUGAUCAAGAGAUGGAUGUAGAUGAGCUUGAACGGAGAAUAUGGAGAGAUCGGAUGCACCUUAAGCGUCUGAAAGAACAGAAUAAAAAUAAAGAAGCAACUGACAAUGCAAAAGAACAUCAAACUCAAGAACAAGUUCAGAGGAAAACGAUGUCACAAGCACAAGAUGUCAUUCUGAAAUGUAUGCUGAAAAUGAUGGAGUUCUGCAAAGCUCAAGGCUUUGUCUAUGGGAUUAUUCCUGAGAAAGGGAAGCCAGUGACUGGAUCAUCUGAUAAUCUACGAGCAUGGUGGAAAGAAAAAGUCCGAUUUGAUCGCAACGGCCCUGCUGCUAUUUCCAAGUACCAAACAGAAAAUUCCAUACAAGGUAAAAAUGAGGACUCUAGUUCAUUAGCACCAACUCCUCACAGCUUGCAAGGGCUCCAAGACACCACGCUUGGAUAUCUUUUAUCAGCUUUGAUGCCGCAUUGUGAUCCUCCCCAAAGGCGUUUUCCUCUUGAAAAAGGUGUUCCCCCACCAUGGUGGCCAACUGGAAAUGAAGAGUGGUGGCCCCAGCUAGGCCUUCCCAAGGACCAAGGUCCACCCCCAUAUAAAAAGCCUCACGAUCUGAAGAAGGCCUGGAAAGUGAGUGCUCUGACAGCUGUGAUUAAGCACAUGUCACCUGAUAUUGCAAAGAUCCGCAAACUUGUUUGCCAAUCGAAAUGCUUGCAGGAUAAAAUGACUGCAAAAGAGAGUUCCACUUGGCGUGCAAUAAUUGAUCAGGAGGAAGCAUUGGCUCGAAAGUUAUAUCCUGACCUCUGGCCACCUGCGUCGAUUGCUGGUUCUUUUGUCAUCAGUGAUACUAAUGAUUACGAUGUCGAAGGAGUAGAUGAUAAAGUAAAUGAAGUAAAAGAGCAUAAGCCAUGUGAUAUCAAUCUCUUCAAGAUGGGGGCAGCAGGACCAGAUGAUAGGCUAAUCAUGCCAACAUUGGCUUCUCCUCAAAUUAAAGGAGAAAUUAUUGAAGAGAGUUCGGAUUUCAUCCAGAAAAGGAAGCAACCAAGUGAUGAGCAGCAAAAAGUGAUGGAUCCAAAGAACUAUACCUGUGAUAACCGUCAUUGCCCUCACAGUGACUACCGCAUGGGGUUUCUUGACAGGACUGCAAGAAACAAUCACCAAAUGAAUUGCCCAUACCGAAGUGAUAUCCCUCAAGGGUUUGAUGGAGUAUCUAGCUUGCAGAUCAACAAUGACAAAUCAUCACUUGUUUCUCAACCUUUUGUUCAGCCCAAACCGACAGCUCCUCUAAUGAGCCAGAAUUCAUUUAAUGCAUCAGGACUUGGACUUCCAGAUGAUGGGCAAAAAAUUAUUUCAGAGCUUCUGGUACACUAUGAUUCUAAUCUCCAGCAUAACAAAAAUAUGAAUGCUUCAAAUAUUAAUGUCAUAGGAGACCAAAACCAGCAGCAGGAGCAACAACUAAUACUCCAACAACACCAACAGAUACAACUGCAACAGAUGCAGCUCCAGCGCCAGCAGCAGCAAUUGAUGCAGCUCCAGAACCAGCAUCAACAAUUAAUGCAACAACUAUAUCCGGUGCAAUCCUGGCCGUCCAUUCCUGGAUCCCGCCACCUAUAGGCAUACAUGUGCGAACGGCUUCACCCAAUUGGUCUGCUUUGACACUUCACUUGCUGAGGUUGUCUGAUACUUUCACAAUUUAGAUGUUGGUUCCCUUUUUGAAGAUUGUUGUCAUUUAAGUUCUUUUUAAUUUACAGAAGACUCCUAAAUUUUAAUUAAUAAUUUUUUAAAUCUAUUUUAAAGUUGAAUAAUUA